AUGAUAUAUCAUGUGGCCACGUCUAUUUCGGUUGGACAUUCUGAUGGUUCUGUUUCGAUAAUUACUACUGCAGAGUCGGGAAUAGAAAAGUUCCAAGAGUGGAAGGAACAUGACUUUGAGCUUUGGACAACUUGCUUUGACAUUCAUCAACCACAAUUAGUAUAUAAGGGAUCGGAUGACUGCAAAUUCAGUUGUUGGGAUAUACGGGAUAGUCCGUCCGAGAGGGUUUUCCAGAACCCCAAGGUCCAUAAGAUGGGAGUUUGUUUCAUUGCCAAAAGCCCUACUGACCCGAAUACCAUACUUACGGGUAGCUUCGAUGAGUACUUGAGGGUAUGGGAUCUAAGGUCUAUCUCAAGACCAGUUAAUGAAGCUUCAGUUUGUCUUGGUGGAGGAGUUUGGAGAAUCAAGCACCAUCCUUUUGUAUCAGGCUUGGUCUUAGCGACUUGUAUGCAUAAUGGACUUGCAAUCGUCGAGAUCAGAGACGAGAAACCAGAAGUUUUCGAAGUUUACGAUCACCACCAUAGAUGUCAGAGGUGUGAGCGAUCAAUGUCAAAAGGUUGA